CCCGAAAGAAUCGAUAAUAUGUGUUUUGAAGCUGUGCAAAUACGCAAUGGAGGGGGGUUGUAUGUCCGCUGUACGAUUGAAAAAUCGGGAAGUCUACCAUCCAUAAGGCGAAAAUGAGCCGGUCCAUCAUGCCAUCGAAUGUUUGCCGCGAGUAGAACGUCUCUAAAAAUAGAACGUAUGAAAACCCUCAUGUUGGAAGCAGCAGAACAAUCGCUAAAGGCGCCGCGAAUCUCGGGGACCUACAUCGCCGCAACAAGUAGUGGUUAACAGAUCGGUUUCUUCGGAGUUCCGUGUUUACGUUUGAACGUUUUUGAAGUUUGACGUGCGGUCGAAAAGAGGAACUAAAUCGACAAAAGUGUCAGUGAAGGAAGAAGAAACCGGAAUCGUCAUUAUUUGCGGCGCCUUCGCGGACUUUCAGGUAAUCCGGAAACAAAACGCUCUGCCAUGGAUGCGAAGGAGGUUACGAUAAUUAUCAAGUGGAGCGGAAAGGAGUUCCCGAUCGAGGACCUCACCGAACACGACACAGUGGCCGUGCUCCGGCACGAGAUUUGCAAAAAGACACAGGUGCGCCCGGAACGACAGAAGCUGCUGAAUUUAAAACAUAAAGGAAAGCCAGUGACGGAUGAUGUGAGGCUCGGGGUCCUAGAGCUGAAGCCCAACUUUAAGCUGAUGAUGGUUGGAUCACUGGAAAGCGACAUUAUGGAGGCCUCUUCACGGCCAACCGACAUCGGAAGCGUCGUGAACGAUCUGGACAAGGAGGAGGAAGAUAAUGUGCCGCUAGAGAACAAGGAAAUCUAUCUCACAAAAAUCAACAAACGCAUCAAGGAGUACACCAUCAAGGAACUGAACCCUCCUCGGGAAGGCAAACGGCUACUGGUACUGGACAUUGAUUACACCAUCUUCGAUCACCGCUCCGUGGCUGAGAACGGCGCCGAAUUGAUGCGACCAUUUCUACACGAGUUUCUGUCGGCAGCCUAUAAGGAUUACGAUAUCGCGAUAUGGUCGGCGACGUCGAUGCGAUGGAUCGUGGAAAAGAUGAAACUACUUGGGGUGACGGAUGAAUCGCGGGAUUAUAAGCUGGUAUUUAUGCUCGAUGAUGCCGCCAUGAUCACCGUGCUGUGUCCGUUACGCGGUGUGAUCGAGGUGAAGCCGUUGGGCGUGAUCUGGGGAAAGUAUAGCCAAUAUUCGUCGAAGAACACGAUCAUGUUCGACGAUUUGCGGCGCAACUUUCUGAUGAACCCAAAGUCGGGCCUACGCAUCAAGCCAUUCUCGGAGGCACACCUGAAUCGCCACAAGGACAAGGAGCUGCUCAAGCUGGCCAAGUACCUGAAGGCGAUCGCAGAAAAUUGUGAUGAUUUCGAUACGCUGAACCACCGGCGAUGGGAGGACUAUCUUUCGAAGAAACGUUCCAGCUAAUGCUCCGUGGUAAAUACGACUGCUAAGAGUUUAUGAAACAAUCUAGUUUUAAGGCAGAUUGCUUUUCUUUAAUGAAUAAUUCUCUCAAAUAGAAUGGAAAAAA